AAUAUCUGGUUUUCGAACUCCCAACGGUCAGAUAUAGUCUCUCUGACCCUUUCAUCUUCCUAAAGAAAAUCAUAUUCAUAUCCAUCUCUGGAGCAAUUGGAAGAGAAAGAAACAUCCAAUAGAAAUAAUGGGCAUGCAGCUGAUGAGGACUUCUAGAUUUCAUCACCAUCUUCUUCAUCCCGAAAGCACUUCUACCCCUCCCACAAAAGCACUUUUUGGUUUAGGACAUGUCAACAGCAGAAGCAUAGUAAACAUCAAAAGAAGAAAUCAAAUUUAUGGGAUUGUGGCUUCAAGCAAUUUGGCUUCACCACUAUGGGACAGCUGGAAGCCUGAGAAGGGUUCCGCUGCUCCUUCUCUCAGUGACAUUACCUGGCCUUCUGCAGGGGCUUUUGCAGCAAUGGCAAUAUUGGGGAGGAUGGAUCAGAUAUUAGCACAAAAAGGAAUGUCAAUGACAAUUGCACCUUUAGGGGCAGUUUCUGCAGUCCUCUUUGCCACUCCAUCCUCUCCUGGUGCUCGGAAGUACAAUAUGUUCAUGGCACAAAUAGGUUGUGCAGCAAUUGGUGUACUGACAUUUUCCACAUUUGGCCCAGGAUGGCUUGCUAGGAGCGUUGCCCUAGCUGCAUCCGUUGCUUUCAUGAUUUGCACACGUUCCGCACAUCCACCUGCUGCAAGCUUGCCUUUACUCUUCAUCGAUGGAGCGAAGUUCCAUAACUUGAGUUUCUGGUAUGCUUUGUUCCCGGGCACCGCUGGAUGCGUUCUUCUUUGCUUGAUUCAAGAAAUAGUGUUAUACUUGAAGGAAAACUUCAAAUUUUGAUCAUCUGGAAGCAAACACAUGCUUGGCUACUCACAUAGUUGGAGACAUCGUACAUUCCUUCAUCUCAAGUUCAAUAUUCAAGGAAAUGCACCCCAUAUAGAAAUGAAAAGCAAAACUCGAAUACAACUAAAGGUCAGUAAGUCUUGGGUUCGACUGCGCACCCGAAUCUCCUUAGGGACGCAUGAAAUUAAGUCCAAAGGAGUUUGUUGCCCACAAUUAUAUUGUAGUUCUAUUGUAAAACGUGAUCUAAAUUAUUCUCCUCUACACCAA